AUGGCAGAUGUGAGAGAAUAGAGAAUAUAUUGUGCUGAAUAGAUUGUAGUACCUCCUGAAUUACCAGUGAUAUUGAAACAUUAUGCAAAGGAAGUUAUUAGAAAUAAACCAGGAGAUGUUGUAGACUUCUCUGCAAAAUAUUUUAGAUCAUUAUUAGAAAAAAGAGGUAACUGUUUUGUUUAAUUAAAAUUUUCUUAGCCAAAGAACAUGAAUUUUCUGAGAUAGUAAAACAAUGA